GGUGCCACCAACAUGGCGGACCCGAGAGAGCAGGAGGAUCUCUGCGUCUCCAGAUGCACAGGCUCACCGCACACGGAUGACGAAUACCUUGGCAAUGCUGCUUCUCCUGGCACAUGGGAAGAAGAUGGUGAUGCUAAUGCCUCAAGAGAAUGUGACUUCUGGGUCACCAGGAAAGCCUAUCUUCUAGAUCUAUGCUGACAUCUUGCUAUCUUCUGGCAGUUUCAUCUCUGCAACAGAUGGUGAGGACGAGAUGGAUACGGAGGGUGGUUGGCAACCAGUUCCAUCCAGGGAAUCUUCUGAGGCACUGGACUUCAGCACAACAAAUCGAGCUAAAGCCGAGAGAAGACUUGAACUGUCUGUGACCGUGAAUGAAAGCAACUUUGGUCAGAGUGACUCAUUUGGGAGGCCAAGUGAUGUUUUUAACAAUAAAGAGCAAGCUUUGUUACAUAGAGGACAUCGGCUGUUGGAUGAGGAUGAAAAUGACUAUAUGAGCUCAAGUGAACUUAUUGCUGUGCCUUUAGGGGAAGAUAAUGACAAUGAAGUUGAUUUUGACCCAGUGGACUGUCUAGGCAUUCAGCACACUCAGAGUAACCAAACUACUCUUAGUAAUAAUUUUGAAGAAGGAAAUGGAGUUGAACAGGGCAUUUUUAAUGAAGCUGAGGAAAAAAGGAGGAAGUCUGAGCUUGAUGAGCUAAAAUGUAGAAAGCAGUCAAUUGGAAGCAAACCUGAUGAGUGUGCAUCAGAUGGUGCUAACAACUUUGAGAAGGAUUUGCUAUUAAAUGAUUGUGACAGACGCUUUGAUUGUGGAGAUGAGAAUCGGGGUGUUCACCAAACAACUUUGUCUAAUACGAAUGAAGAUAGUUCGACUUUGCAUAAAACGGAACUAUUUAAUAUUGCUGAAAAUGGAGAUGAUAUUUCAAGAGCAGGGGGUAGGCCUGCUCUAGGUGAAGAUGAAAAAGCUGCAGCAUUAUCACGUAAAGCAGUUAUCCUAAAAGAAUCUGUUGGAUUUCCAAUGAAAAGGUCAGACAAGAAAGAUUUUUUGUCAGAGACGAGGCUAGCGAUUAAAGAUGGUUUGCCAACAGUAGUUGAUUCUUUACUGAGAGGGACUGUGGAGGCACAAGCUGAAGUCCUGGAUAAGGGAAGAAAUGAAAAGAAUCGGAAAGUGACUGAGCAUGAAGAUUUAUCUGCAGAUGAGACACAAGACAUUGAUGCUAUUGAAUCAGAAGCAACUAUUACAGCAGUAACAGCAUCUCCUGUGGAAAAGAGCUUAAAUUCACACCGGCAUACUGAAGUUCUUAAAAGCACUUGCAACUCCAGUUUUAUGCAAAGUAUGAAAAUAAAAGAUGAACCUUUGGAUGAAGGAUAUGAGAAAGCCUUUGCACCACAAGAAGGUGCAAGAAUUAAGGAUGAGCCUGAUUCUUUACAGGGAUAUGGCCAUCAUUCCAAGUCUCAGGAGUCUGAUAUCCGAAUCAGUGCAGUGUUCUCAGUGAGUGGCAGUCCUCUUGUAUCACAGUUGGUGCAGCAAAAUACACCAAAUACACUCAGCUCAACAAAGUCACCUGCAGGUGGCAGUGGGCAGCCAGCUUCAACUCCUAUGAGUGUACGAGUCACUUGUUCAGGAUGUAAGAAGAUUCUAAAGAAGGGACAAACUGCCUAUCAGAGGAAAGGUUCAACCCAACUCUUCUGUUCCACGCUCUGCCUUACUGGACUCUCAGCAUCUACUCCAAGACCUCUUCCUCCUCCGAAAAAAUCCUGCUAUCUCUGCAACAAAGAAAUCAUGAACCUAAAGGACCUAGUAAUGGGUCAAAUUGAUGGUAGGGGUCCAUACAAGGAAUUCUGUAACCAUAACUGCUUAUUUGAGAUGAAAAGAAAGUCUGCUUCAACGACUAAUAAUAUUACCACCAAGUGCAGCAUUUGUCAGAAAGUCUCUGUUGUGCGCCAUGAAGUGAACUACCAGAAUGUUGUACACCAACUUUGCAGUGAUAUAUGUUUCUCCAAGUUUCGAAUGGCCAACAAUCUCACUAUGAAUUGCUGUGAUAACUGCGGAGCUUAUUGUUACAGUGGGUCUGCACAGUGUCACAUGCUUCAGACUGAAGGACAGUGUAAGAAGUUCUGUGGUUCUGCCUGUUUGUCUUCAUUCAAACAGAAAAAUUCAAAGAUUACUCCCUGCGCUUGGUGUAAAUGCCUGAGAUCGUCUGCCGAAAUGAUUGAAAACACAAACUCAUUUGGAAAAGCUGAACUAUUUUGCUCAGUUAACUGCCUUUCAGCAUUUCGAGUGCAUGUGGUGACCACACAAGGUAGUACCAGUGUUCAGUGCAAUUACUGUAAAGUGACAAUGACACCUCAGUAUCACCUUGCUAUGUCAGAUGGUAGUAUUCGGAAUUUCUGCAGUUAUAACUGUGUGGCAUCAUUUCAGGGAUUAUUCAGCCAAGCUGCUCCAGGCUCUCAAACUGUUGUACCCCUGUCUCAGGGUCAGUUAGCGGUAAAUAUUCCAUCAACUGCUUCAGUAGUGGCUGGAGCUCCUGUGGUUUCUUCAACUUCUGUCACCACAUCGGCGGCAGCAGGGUUACAGAGGCUUGCACAAUCUCAGCAGGUGACAGUAGCUCGUACACUUAUCAGACUGAAAUGCCAGUAUUGCCAGCGGUUGUUCUCCUCUAAGCCUGAGCUGCUUGAAUACAAGGGUAGAAUGGUUCAAUUCUGUGGAAAAUCUUGUUGUGAUGAAUACAAACGAAUCAACUCUGUGGUUGCGAUAUGUGAAUACUGUCGGUCAGAAAAGAUUGUCAAGGAGACAGUAAAGUUUUCAAGUGUUGACAAGCCAUUUUGUAGUGAAGGUUGCAAGCUUCUUUACAAGCAUGACUUGGCAAAACGUUGGGGACUUCACUGUAAGUCUUGUAGUUCCUGCUCACAAUCAUCAAAACGGCUACUUAACCAGCAGUUUGGGGGAAAAAUAGAGGAGUUCUGCAGUGAAGAAUGUUUGUUCAAGUUUACUGUGCUCUUUUAUCAGAUGGCUAAGUGUGAUUGCUGCAAACGUCAAGGUAAACUAAAUGAGUCAAUUAAAUGGCAUGGACAAACCAAACAUUUUUGUAACCUUCAUUGUGUCCUCACAUUCUGCAAUCAACAUCACCUAACAGAAACGGCACCUCAAGAUGGAAAAGUAACGGUACCAAAUGUUCCUAGUAUCCAGAGAAAGGAAUCUACUCCUGUCAUAGCAAAUGUGAUGUCCUUGGCUAACACCCCGCCAGUACAGAAUGCUGCUAGUUCAACCACAGCUUUAAAUGCAGGAGGAACUCGUACCACUUCAGGAACUCAGGUUAGUGGAGAGGUCAGCACUCAGACAGAACCCAUUCGAUUGCAACCUUCUGCUCCACCCAAGGUGCUCAAGAAUAAAGCGUUACUCUGUAAACCUAUCACACAGACCAAAGCAACAUCCUGUAAACCACACACUCAGACCAAGGCUUGUCAGACAGAAGAGGAUUGGAAGCAACAAGUGAUUGUGUUGCCCAUCCCUGUGCCAGUCUAUAUUCCAAUGCCUCUGCAUCUUUACUCCCAGUUUACACCAUUACCAAUAGGGAUGCCUGUGCCUCUCCCAGUACCAAUGUUCAUUCCAACAACGCUGGACAGUGCGGAUAGAAUAAUUGAAACAAUCCAAGAAAUAAAGGAGAAAAUUCCCUCAAAUCCUUUUGAAGCAGAUCUUCUAACAAUGGCUGCGAUGAUUGCAGAAGAGGAAGAAAAAGAGAAAACAGUUUCACAUGGUGAUCAGGGUAGCACAUACAGUGGGGAUCUUGAGUCAGAGGCUGUGUCUACUCCGCACAGCUGGGAGGACGAGCUGAGCAACUUUACUCUGAAACAGUCUAUCACAUCUGCACCUGUACCUCUACCUCCACCUCCACCAGCAACUGAGCCAGAGAUACAGUCACAUCUCAUUGAAGGACCGGAGGACGAUCUGGAAGCUGACAUAUCAGUAGCUAAUUUUGAAUCAUCUCGACGAGACCGAAUGGCAACAGCACGACAGCAUAGGGCAAGGCAACGUGCAAAGAACAAAGAUGGCUUCCCGCAACCAAGGAAACGGGGAAGGAAGAAGUCUAUUGUGGGGUACACCCGAGAUGUUUUACAGGAACCUGUAACUGGCGGGAAUGACGUUGGUCUGUUUCUAAAGUAUAUGUAUGGUGUGAAGGCUUGGAAAAGAUGGGUACAAUUUAGGAAUGAUAAAGGAGAUCCCACAGAGGAGCUGCGAUUUGGAUCUCGACCAAUUAAGCUAAAAGAGGACAUUCUUUCAUGUACCGCUGCUGAGCUCAGUUAUGGCCUGUGUCAAUUUAUUCGAGAAGUACGGAGACCAAAUGGAGAAAAAUAUGAGCCGGAUAGUAUCUUCUACCUUUGUCUAGGAAUUCAACAGUACAUAUUUGAGAACAGCCGGAUUGAUAACAUCUUCACAGACCUUUACUACACAAAAUUCACCUCUGAGCUUACAAAGGCUCUGAAAUUUUGGCAACCGCAGCUUCUCCCAAAUGGCCAGUUAUUUUGUCGAAUUGAAGAGGAACAUUUAUGGGAGUGUAAACAACUUGGAGCGUAUUCUCCAACAGUCCUCCUCAAUACGUUACUGUUUUUCAACACCAAGUACUUCCAGCUGAAAAGUGUCAGUGAACAUAUGAAGCUUUCUUUUGCUCAUGUAAUGAGGUGUACAAAGUCUUUGAAACAUAACACAAAACUGACCUACCUUCGAUUCUUCCCACCUAUGUACAAAAAGGACAAAGAUAUAGAUAAGUUACAAUAUGGAAAGCGGAAGCGCAGUGAUGAAGAGGAGGAAGGUGCUAUGGAAAUGGCCGAAAAUACAGAUAAUCCACUCAGAUGUCCAGUACGCCUCUUUGAAUUCUACUUGUCUAAAUGUUCUGAGAGUGUGAAGUCGAGAAGUGACGUUUUCUACCUUCAGCCGGAACGCUCGUGUGUGCCUGACAGCCCCAUGUGGUAUUCAACGUUACCAACUGACCCUGCCAUUCUGGAUGCCAUGUUAACUCGUAUUCUCAUGGUGAGAGAGGUUCAUGAGGAGCUUGCAAAGGUCAAUCACGAGGAUGCUGAAGAGGAAGAUGCGUUUGAAUGAACUAGAUUUUUAUCCAUUUUUAAGCACUGAAUUUUAGAAUGCAUGUACCCAUGAAGAGUAACAGACUGCUAGGAAUAUAGCAUACUCUUCCUCUGGGUUGAUUUGGGGGACAGGAAAGGGAGGGUUGAUAAACACACUGGUCAAAAAAAAUUGAUGUUGAUAAUUAAAUUGACAGGAAAUCUUGGUGCUUUUAAACAAUUGCAGUUUAAAUACUUUUUUGUUAAAAAUGACAAGUGAUGUGGAUUUGUUUUUACCCCAUGCUGAUCCACUGGAUUUUCAUCAUGAAAACCUAUGUGCAACAAAAUCAUUUAUAGGGAGAAUGGGGAAGAGGGACAGGUGGGAUGAAGGGCGCAAGAAUCACACCAAGAAGUAUUUAAAUGGCAAUACUACCAUUUUAGAAUGUUGCAGCCACGUUUGAAGGUCAUAGAGACAGUAUUUCGCCAUUUAAAUGUUAACACCUAUGAAUGAAAACGCAAUGUUUAGUUCCUAGAUUGCUGUUAACUGUGAAAUUUUGUUUUUAAAAAAAUAGCAUUGAAAUGCAUCUACUAAUCCCUUGUUAAAAUGUCCUGUGCUCACAUUUCGUUUAGAGGAGAUCCGUGUGCUGUAAGUUUAGGUGUAGAUGUACACAUGAGUAUAAAUUUGUAUAUUUUGAAGGUGAUGGGCAGCUAAAAGGAUGUUGUUAUAAGUUUAGGUUCUUGCCGAUAUGUUUUUGUACAUACAUUUUAAUUACAUUUAUAUCUUUACUGUGUAUAAAAUAAUUGCUUAUGUGAAGCCUGGUCAGACUUUACAUACCGCAAACUCAUUACAUUUGUAGAAAAACCCAAUGUACUCCUUGUUAUAUAAUACAGUUUGCAUUGUAGUAAACAGGCGUUUGUGUGAAAGUACCUUUUACCUCUACAUUAGCCGAGAAACGCACUGUUCCCCAUUUGCAUAUACAAUGGGCAACUUGAAAGUAGUUAAUACACUAGAUACCGUUUUGAGUUUAGUUUUGAGAAAGGCAUUUUGUACAUGGAAAUUGCUGUGAACUAGACGCAUUGAGUUUUUUUUUCCCAUUAAGGGAAAGACUUAGUUCUAAUACCUUUUCUGCUUCAUUCUAUGAACGGAGGUGCAUCAAUUACUUUUACUUAAAAUUCUCAAAUCCAGGCAAUGACCAAGCAGUGCACCUGCUGCUGGACUAAAAAAUACAAGUAGAAGAGUGGUGAUGGAGGGGAUAAUUGAAUUAUUUUUAUAAUUUUCUUUGCCCCUUCCUGUGGAUACACAUUUGGCUGAUGGUCUGUCAGGUAAAUUCAUUUACAGUCUCAACAAUGAGCUAUGUUCAAGGAGCUCCAGUUGGAGUACUGCAGUGCUGUAGCCCGUCCUCAGACACUCAUUUUCUUUGGGGAAGGCUGAAUGAUGGGAGCUCAGAAUCACUGAUUUACCCUUAAAUUUCCUUUUGGAACUGGAAAGCAAUCACCAAUCAAACUUGUGCCCUUUUAUUCUGAGGCACUGUGUUUUGGUGAACCUGAUUUUAUUUUCAAAAAAAAAUCUAAACUUAUUUUACUAAGGAGUGAAAGGUUGGAAGAGUCACUGAAACAUAGUUUAGAACCUGGGAGAACUGACUGAUUUGAAGAGAUUUUCCACUUCAUCCCAGCAUAUGCUAACAGCACCUAUUCGGAAAUUGUCCAUCCCCAAGAUUUUUUACCCAUUAACCUUUAGGAAGAGAUUUUCCUAUCGUUAUGUGUAGAAUUUGCCUAUUGCCUGUUUGUAUCUUUUUCCAGUGAACUUAGCAGAAAGCUUAAACCGAGAAACUGAAGAUUUUUCCACUUUUUUGCACCUAUUGUCAGCAUUAAGCCUUCUCCAGUUUGAGUAAACUAUCAGUUAAGAUACAGGGUGAAACUCCACCAUCCCAACAAUGUGCCUUAACCACUAUCUAGAAGAGCAUCCCUAAUGCACAAUGUAAAUAUUCAAUUUCCAAUCAUUGUGACAGUUAUAACUUAGUGUUAAUUUGUGCCGAAUUCUGAGCACUAUUGUGUGGUGGGCUUGCACUGAGUUGUGACUGCCAGCACUCUUUUUUUUCAGGCUACCACAACCUACAGGAAAGAGGAGGCAUUCAUGCCAUCACCCUAAAUGGGGUCAAAUCCAGAUCCCAGAGAUAAAGGGAUAGUGUUUCUAGCCUAUUGUGUCAUUUCAUUCAACUGCAAGUGGUUAUCUUAGAAAUUGCAGUACACCUCUCGCCCACUCCCAAAUCUUGUAAAUCUGAGGGCGAGUAACUGAAAGCUAGUUAAGUACAUUUUCUGAAACAUUUUCAAUUGGCAUAAAGGAUGAGGUGAAGUGUUGGGAUUGGGGAAGAAUAACCUAGUUUGGUUUUCAACCUUUGGCAUGUUUUACAAAUUUAUCAGCAACUCUUGAAUGUUAUCACCCAAGAAAUGAAUGGUCCUAUAGUGAUCAGGUUUUAAAUGAAACUGUACGUGGUACAAGAUGGUAUAAUUUGUUUCGAAUAGAACCAGCAGUUCUUUUCUAAUCAUUGAAGAGCAUAAUGCCUUUUAAUGGCCGAAAGUAAGUGACUGUUAUUUUAUAAUCAAUGCAUUCUUCCAUAUUUCAACUGUGUUCAGAUAAUAUUACAGUGCUAUAAGUACAUUUUAAAGGGGCACUGAGAAUCUUUUUGUGGAGAGGGUUUUCAGGCAAGCUGAAUGUGUGAAAUGACCAGGAACAAUGUUCUGAAAUCCCAGUUGAAAAGCCUGAGUAUCCAGGAUCAUGGAGCUGCAGGAAUAUUUUUGUUUUGGCACAGUACAACCUUUUUUUAAAAAAAAAAGAUUUGUUUUAAAACAUAAAAGACUUUGUGAUCAUUGUUGUGGAUCAUUUUUUUACACUUCUAUUCGCAAACCUGGUAUAAAGUGCAAGACGUAUCAAACGACUAUGCCCCUUUAAUAAAAUAUUUAUCAGUAAGAACUACAGGAUUCAGCUGCUGUCAUUUAUGAGCCUUUUUAAAGUUUUUAGUCAAAUUUUAAUUCAACUUAUAAUAAAUGAACAAAAAUAAGUGAAUAUUUAUGUUACCUGAAUAAAAUUUCUUUUUUUUUUAAUCUA